UAUUUAUUGACAUCUCUCUCUAAGUUAGUAUUUAAAAAAAACACAUUACCCAACCGGAGUUUUAUCUGCCGCCAUAUUAACACGUUCUUCAGAAAUCUCAAACCGGAGACUCAAAAACAGAGGAAACAUGUCUCUUCACGGACGAUUCCCGGCGAGUCCGCCGGUUUCAUUAUCUCCGGCGUCUUCCUCAUCGCCGAGUUCUCACUCCCCGUCGUCUCCUGACCUGAAGCAACGAGUCAUCGCUUGCCUCAACAAGCUCGCUGACCGCGACACGUUAGCUCUCGCCGCGGCGGAGCUCGACUCCAUCGCCAGAAACCUAACUCACGACUCCUUUUCUUCUUUCCUCAGCUGCAUCCACACCACCGACUCCUCCUCUAAAUCUCCGGUGCGGAAACACUCUGUCGCCGUUUUAUCGCUCAUGUCUCGCCACCACGGCGAGUCUCUCUCUCCUCACCUCUCUAAGAUGGUCUCCACCAUCAUCCGCCGUCUCAGAGACCCCGACUCCUCCGUUCGCUCCGCCUGCGCCGCCGCUACCGCCGAUAUAUCCGCUCACGUCACGAGGCAACCGUUCGCCUCCGUCGCGAAACCGCUUAUCGAGACGCUGAUCCAGGAAGGCGACUCGAACGUGCAGACCGGAGCGGCGGUGUGUUUGGCGGCGUCGGUGGAAGCUGCGGCGGAUCCUGAGCCGGAGCAGUUGAGGAAGUCUCUUCCCAAGAUCGGGUAGUAUAUCACCGCGGGUGGCGCGGGAAGUAAACCGGUUUUGGAUUGGUUAGUUCCGGUUUUGAUAGACUUUCUGAGCAGUGAAGAUUGGGCGGCGAGGAAAUCCGCUGCGGAGGGGUUGAGUAGAGUCGCGGCGGCCGAGGAGGAGUUGGCGUGGGAAUACAAGAAAGAUUGCACGGCGGCUCUUGAAAGCAGAAGGUUUGAUAAGGUGAAGAGUGUGAGAGAGACUAUGAAUAGAGCAUUGAGUCAGUGGAAAGAAGUGGCCAAUGAUGUAGACGAAGCCUUGUUAUCUCCAUGUACAUCUUCCCUUGACGUUGGUGUCAAGUCUUCAAGACUAAAGAAGUCAACGCGUAUGAUCAAGAGGUCACCAUCUUUGCCUGUGAAUAGAUCAUAUGUAGCAAGUAGACAACAAAAGGAGAAUCUUCCAAGAAGGAACGUGACCGUGUCAGUAGCUUCUAGGGAGGAGGAGCAGGUGAAGUCAGGGGGACCAGAUAUAAUCAAACAUACAAUCUCUGAGAAGGGCCGGGAAGAUAAGAAAGUAGGUGGCUUUGAUUGUGGUUUGAGGUCUGGUUCUAGGGUGGCACCAUGCAGCGACGAUGGUGAUGAUUCUUGUGAUUCUCUUGUCAAGAAUGGUAAAGAUGGUGUUGAUGAGAGCAGGAAAGAUAGUGAGGAACUUUCUUUGAUACGCGAGCAGCUUGCUAUGAUUGAGAACCAGCAGUCCAGUCUUUUAGACCUACUUCAGAAAUUUAUGGGAAGCUCACAGAGUGGGAUCCAGUCUCUGGAGUCUCGUGUAAGCGGUCUAGAGAUGGCUUUGGAUGAAAUAUCAUGCGAUCUUGCGGUUUCAAACGGGAGAGUACCUAAGACUAGUAGCUGUGGAGGAGAGAGUUGUUCAAAACUACCUGGUGCAGAGUUCUUAAGUCACAAGUACUGGAGAAAAGCAGAGGAGAGACCAAUGCAAACCAGAAGCACAGCCAGUGAAACGGCUGCGCAUGAGAAUAGUUUUGACCAGGGGAUGCAAAAGAGAGGUUCUGUUUUUCAAAAGAGAUCAGCAAGAAACCAGUUUCAAGACUAUGUGCAUACAACGCUACAGAAACCAACAACCAGGGGAAGAGAGUGAUGCGGAGAUUGAGACGGAAGAAAAUGAUGGCGAGCCGGUUGAUGAUCUCACCCUAAUGAGGAGGGUGUAUGAUGCGCCCUUGAGUAGCGCACCGGACAAAACAGACAUGCAUGGCUUGAUCAUGGAAAGCAGUAAUGAUAUAUGUUCAUUGUUUGACUCAUAUCUUCCAACAAA